AUAGUAUUACUAAUAAUAAUUAUUAGUAAUAUUACACUUAGAGUAAAAAUGGAGAAUUGGCAGUUGAUAAAUUUCUUGUUGAUAAUAUCCUGUUUAAUAUAUAACGAAGCAAAUGAAAAUAAAUAUUCAGUUAGUGAAAAAAUAUGUCGAUUUGAAAAUGAUACGAUGAGAUAUGCUGCUGCAACUGGUGACUUAGAAACAUUAAAAAUAGCUUACGAGAGUGGAUGUGAUUGGGAUCAACAUACAAUUACUGAAGCCGCUGCAAAUGGACAUUUAGAAUGCAUAAAAUAUGCACACGAAAAAGGUUGUCCAUGGGAUGAAAGAACAACAGAAGCAGCUGCAAAAUAUGGUAAUUUAGAAAACUUAAAAUAUAUUAGACAAAAUGGAUGUAAAUGGGAUGAAAAAACAACAAAGGCUGCUGCUGAAAAUGGACAUUUAGAUUGUUUAAAAUAUGCACAUGAAAAUGGAUGUCCAUGGGAUGAAAAUACAACAAUAGCGGGUGCUUUUAAUGGAAACUUAGAAAUUUUAAAGUAUGCUCAUGAACACGGAUGCAAAUGGAACAAAGACGUGACUGUCAUAGCAGCAGCUUAUGGAAAUAUAGAAUGUUUAAUAUAUGCUCAUAAAAAUGGAUGUAAAUGGGCAAAAUAUGUUACAUGGAAUGCUGCUGCAAAUGGACAUUUAGAUUGCUUAAAAUACGCGCAUGAAAAUGGUUGUAAAUGGGAUGUUGAUUCAACAAGUGACGCUGCUGCAAAUGGACACUUAGAAUGCUUGAAAUAUGCCCAUGAAAAUAAUUGUAAAUGGAAUAAUGAUACAACAAGGUACGCUGCUUUGAAUGGGCAUUUAGAAUGCUUAAAAUAUGCACAUGAAAAUGAAUGUCCAUGGGAUAAAGGGAUAACAAAAGUAGCUGCCUCUAAAGGCCAUUUAGAAAUUUUAAAAUAUUCCUACGAAAAUGGAUUUGAUUGGUCUGAGGGUACAACUAUAGCUGCUGCACAUAGCGGCUCUUUAAAAUGCAUAAAAUAUGCACAUGAAAACAAAUGUCCUUGGGAUAGAGGAACAACAAAAGUAGCUGCGUCUAAAGGUUACAUUGAAAUAUUAAAAUACAUUCAUGAAAAUGGAUGUCAUUGGGAUGAAGAUACAACAAAUGUUGCUGCUGAGAAUGGACAUUUAGAUUGUUUAAAAUAUGCUCACGAAAAGGGCUGUAAAUGGAAUGAUGAAACAACAAGAGUUGCUGCUUUAAUGGGUCAUCUGGACUGCUUAAAAUAUGCUCAUGAACAUGGAUGUGAAUGGAAUUCUGUCACAUGUAGAGCUGCAACUGAAGGUGGUAUGGUCCACUGUUUAAAAUAUUGUCACGAAAAUGGAUGUGAAUGCGAUAAAGAUUUAGCUAUAGUUGCGGCUGCGUAUGGGCAAUUAGAUUGUUUAAAAUAUACACAUGAAAAUGGGUAUCAUUGGGAUGAAAGGAUAACAGAAGUAGCUUUUUUUUAUUCUAGCUAUGAUUGUUUAGAAUAUGCUCUUGAAAAUGGAUGUAAUUGGAAUCAAGGUACGAUAGUUAGAGCUGCUAUUCUCGGUUAUUUAGAUUGCUUAAAAUAUGCAUAUGAACAUGGAUAUAAUUGGGUUGAAGGUACGAUAAGAGGAGCUGCUGCAAAUGGACAUUUAGACUGCCUAAAAUUUGCUAAAGAAAAUGGUUGUGAAUGGGACGAAGGCACAACGAGAGAAGCUGCUGCUAUUGGUUGUAUUGAGUGUUUGAAAUUUGCAUAUGAAAAUAAAUAUAAGUGGGAUGAAGGAACAAUGAGUGCAGCAGCUGCAAAUGGCCAUUUAGACUGCCUAAAAUAUCUUUAUAAAAAUGGAUGCAAGUGGGACGAAGCCACGACAAGACUUGCUGCUGCAAAUGGUAAAUUUAACUGCAUAAAAUACGCCCAUGAAAAUAACUGUCCAUGGAGUAAAAAUACCAUAUAUGAAGCUACUCAAAAAUAUCAACAUGAUAUAGUAAGAUAUGCCACCGAAAAUGGUUGUCCUAAUUAGUAUUCUAUUAUUAUUAUCUUUUUUUAUAUUUGUAUAAUUUGUUAUAUACUUUAUUUUAAAAUAAAUUGUCUUAAUAUAUUAUUCUAUGUAUUUUAAUAACUACAAUUUUGAUAGUUAAAUUCUAUAUGAAACGUUUUUUUU